AUGGAGCAGUGGACUUGGCCGGAGAGUGUGUCGUCCAACCAGAAGAGGGUGAUGGAGGAGCUGGUUCAAGGCCGGGAGAUGGCUAAUCAGCUUCGGGGGGUUCUCAGAAGUGACGUCAGAUCGGCGGAGGGUCUUGUGACGAAGAUCUUGGGGUCGCUCACCAACACCCUUCUUAUCUUGAAUGGCAGUCAAGUGGAUGCUAAGGAGGAGCUCAUUUCUCAGGUUCAUGCCAAUAGUAAUACUGGUGCUGUUACUGCUUCUGCUUCUGGUUCUGGUUCUGCUACUGCUGGCCUUGUUUCAUCGUCUUGGGAUGUGGUUCAUGACGAUGCUAUGAUGAAGUCGGAGGAUUCGAAUGAAGAGAGUUGCAAGAGUACCGAAACGUUCAAGGAUCGCAGGGGUUCUUACAAGAGAAAAAAAACUUCACAUUCAUGGACCAAAGACACUCUGGAUUUAGUGGACGAUGGUCAUGCAUGGAGAAAGUACGGACAAAAGAUGAUCCAAAAUAACAAACAUCCAAGGAACUACUUCAGAUGCACUCAUAAGUUUGAUCAAGGCUGCAAAGCAACCAAACACGUUCAAAGGAUUAAAGAUGAACCCCAACUCUUUCGGACCACAUACUAUGGCAAUCACACAUGCGCAGACUAUCUCAGAGCUCCGGAACUCAUCUUAGAUUGUUCAAGUCGCGAAGACUCUUCCCAGAAAAUGAUCCGAUUCAACAGCACCGAUAACGAUGAACAUCCUUUUUUCUCAGCCUUCACAUCGACCAAAAACGAGGGCGUCAAGGAAGAAGAGAUGAUCAAACCAUUCAAACCAAUUAGUGACCACGAUCACGUGACCUACCACAACCAGUCACCGUCGUCCUCUGCUUAUAUCAUGUCGCCGGGUCCAUGUGUGCUUGAGUCGUCCGGCGGGACUUUGAAUGGUUUCUCAUCGACUAUCGCAAAUGAUCACGAUGAUGUGAUUUCUAGUAUGAUGAUUGAAUACUUUGAUAAUGAAAUAGAUUUUCCAUAUGAGUUUUGA